GCUAUUCUGCAAAAACAAAUAAAUAAAAAGGUUCGUUGAUGAAGAAAUGGACGUCUUUUCGGGAGAGCGUCUUCGAGGAUACAGGACCAACCCACCCUUAAUGAAUGGACUUGUGGAUGUGAAUGGUGAGGUCGUCUAUGACGCAUUGGAAGGAUCAAAGUGCGAUAAGCUAGAACUUGGUAAUGAUCCAAAUUUUGUAAGAAACCUGCUUGCUGAUGGAUCAUACAGCUCACAAACUCGGCUUAAACAAGGACAUGUCGUUUUUGACAGCCCUGUUAUGAGACCACAGCCAAUAAAUGACCAGGCGCAUGAUUGCAGACGCCCUGUUUCAUGCACUGGUGCAGGACAUCACAGUGCCCCGCUAUGUUGUCCUCCCAAUGCAUACUAUCGUCACAACUUUUGUCCAGCAGAUUUAGGCUGUACUAACCACCGACAGUGUGAACGGACCCACCACCAGAAUUGCGAUCCACCGAAUAGAGGCUAUAUUCACACUAACUGUGAUCCACGACAUCCUGUUUACCAUCAGCACUGUGCUCAAGUUGACC